UUGGAAACACAUCCACACAGUUGACACGACACAGGCAGCUCUGGUUUAAUCUUUUGGUUUAAAAGACUUAAAUUCGUGACAAUGUCGGAGGCUUUGCUGCAGUGGUGUGUGGACCAGCUACACCACAAGUUCGGGUUGGAGGCAUGCGAAGACAUCGUCCAAUACAUUCUGUCCAUCGAAAAAGCCGAGGAGAUAGAGGAAUACGUUGGAGACCUCCUGCAGGGCACAGAUGGGAGAAAAGGGAUCUUUAUAGACGAGCUCCUCCACAGAUGGGAAAAGACUCAAAAUCGGGUGUCUGAUGCACCGGGGUCUUUCCUUCUCAAGGACUCAGUUGCAUCAGCAGAUUCACAAGACAUGACCAAAGACACCCAGAAGAAGUCCAAACGCAAGGGCCGUAACAAACAGGAGGUGUUGACAGUGAGCCAAACAGAACCUGAGCCUGAGGCAGUCAAAACCCCAAUAGAUCAAAUGAGGGCCCAAGAAAACAGCAGUACGUCCUCAACGAAGAAGAAAAAUAAGUACGUCAAUUUGUAUAAUACGGAGGGACAGGACAGGCUGGCUGUCUUACUGCCUGGUCGACAUGCCUGUGAGUGCCUUGCCCAGAAGCACAGACUCAUCAACAACUGCAUCAGCUGUGGCCGCAUUGUGUGUGAGCAGGAGGGCUCGGGACCCUGCCUCUUCUGUGGAAGCCUGGUCUGCACAAAAGAGGAGCAUGAGAUCCUGCAACGAGACUCCAACAAAAGCCAGAAACUAAGAAAGAAGCUUAUGGGAGAGGCUGGAGAAAGAGACUAUCUCCCACACCAGGAGGCCAUGAUGAAGGCUGGCUUAGAGAAGGCCGUUCAACACAAAGAAAAGCUGCUGGAAUAUGACAGGAACAGUGUGAGGAGAACUCAGGUUCUGGAUGAUGAGUCCGACUACUUUGCCACUGAAUCUAAUCAGUGGUUGUCUCCUGGUGAGCGAGAAAAGCUGAAGAAAAAGGAAGAGGAGCUGAGAGAACUCCGCCAUGCAUCUCGCAAGGACAGGAAGAUCACUUUGGACUUUGCUGGUAGACAAGUGAUAGAUGAAGGGAACGGCCUCAACGAGUACUACAACAAGUUGGAUGAGACGCUAAAAGCUAUGAACAACGACCCCAAGUCAAAGUCACCAACAUAUUCUGAAAGAAAAGAUGGAAGGCAGACCCUCGGAGAUCUGGUCAACCCCAACAUCAUGCAGUCUGCACCAGAGUGGGUGGAUGUUGGAGGAAGUGAAAACAAGAAGAGAAACGUGGAGCAGGUAAAGAGUUCAGCUAAGGACAAAGGAGGAGAAGAACGUUCCAAGUUGCGGCUCCAGGAUAAAGAGCUGCAGGAGAUGUCUGACGGAGGCUGGUGCCUCAGCAUGCACCAACCGUGGGCAUCGCUGCUGGUGAAAGGAAUCAAGAGGGUAGAAGGCCGAACUUGGUACACAUCUCAUCGAGGUCGUCUUUGGAUUGCUGCUGCAGCCAAGAAGCCCACCCCUCAGGAGGUUACUGAGGUGGAAUCGAUGUACCGCCACAUCUUCAAGAAAGAGCCCAGAUUUCCUAAAGAUUACCCCACUGGUUGCCUGUUGGGCUGCGUCAAUGUGACCGACUGCCUGUCUCAGGAACAGUUCAGAGAGCAGUUCCCUGAUACCUGUGAGGAGUCUGCCUCCCCAUUCGUCUUCAUCUGCACCAACCCCCAGGAGAUGCUGGUGAAAUUCCCCAUGAAAGGGAGGCACAAGAUCUGGAAGCUGGAGAGUCACUACCACCAGGGUGCCAAGAAGGGGCUGGUCCCAUCAGCUGCAGAGUGAUGUCAGAGGAGAUAAAGAUCCGGAAAAAUCUGUUCAAACCCAAGAGAACAUGCAAAAUUAUUUUUAUCGCCACAUGUUUCACUGGGCCAUUGGAACAUAUGAUGAGAAGUUGUAAAUGAUGAGUUAUCUUUCAGCUUUUAUUAUUUGGAGUUGCAUUUACCAGG